AUGGAAGCUUUAUUUUUGGUCUCUAAAGUGGUUAGCAGAUACACACAAUCUCUAUUCCCGAUUCAGAAAGAUAGAACAGAUGUUACAGUUGCUCUAAACUUGCCUCGAUUCAGAACUUCUAGAGUUUUGAGUAAUGGAUAUUAUCAAAAUCAUACAUUGUCGCUUCUCCGUAAAGCUAAAGGAAGGUUUUUAGGUAAUAAUAAUCUCUCGAGAAGCUAUUCGGUUGCAUCUGCAAGCAGUGUAGUUAAGCAACAUGCUCAAGUCUCUUGGAAAAAGCUUCUUCAUAGAUACUCUAUGAACUUACCUCGUAUAGGUAAAAUGGCUCAAGCAUUCAGCUUGUCUUUAGCCCGUUCGCAUUUGUUAUUACCUGGUAUCUUGGCUCUUACUUGUAGAAAAGUGGCAUGGGCACAGAGGGUGGCUCCAAGUCCGGUUAUUAAUAACUAUCCUUCACAACGGUCUCUUUAUAGGACUGCGGUGAACGUCCCUGUUGUUCUGUCUACUUUAUUGCUUUCUGCGAUCGAAGGUGUUGUUCUGAUCGGGAGAGCUCUCUAUUUAGCAGUUUUGUUAUCUCCAAAUCUUGUAAUGGCAUUGUUGGAAUUUGCGUGCGGGCCUCGGUUUAGAAAGUUACGGUAUGAGGUCCUCCUUAGGACUCUGGAAAAAGCUGGUCCUGCUUUUAUCAAAUUUGGCCAAUGGGUAGCUACACGACCUGAUCGGUUUUCCAAGGAUUUGUGUUUGCAGCUUUCAAAGCUUCACAGUAAUGCUCCUGAGCACAGUUUUGCUUUCACCAAAAAAACCAUUGAAAGUGCAUUUGGUCGUAAGCUCUCUGAAAUAUUUGAGGAAUUUGAUGAGGCGCCAGUGGCAUCUGGGAGUAUAGCUCAAGUUCAUCGAGCUUCCUUGAGGUUCCAGUAUCCAGGACAAAAGGUUAAGUCCUCCGAAGUUGCUGUUAAAGUUAGACAUCCUUUUGUUGAGGAAACGAUGACGCGAGAUUUUGUGAUAAUCAAUUUGGCGGCAAGAAUGACUACUUUUAUUCCGGGUUUGAAUUGGCUUAGAUUGGAUGAGUGUGUGCAACAGUUUAGCGUCUACAUGUUGUCUCAAGUUGAUCUCUCAAGGGAAGCUUCUCAUUUGAGUCGGUUUAUAUAUAACUUCCGUAGAUGGAAAGAUGUCUCCUUUCCUAAGCCCGUCUUUCCGCUUGUACAUCCCACCGUUUUGGUUGAGUCAUAUGAGCACGGAGAAAGUGUGGCUCGUUAUGUCGAUGGCUCGGAAGGGCAUGAAUGGCUUAAGGCUAAAGUAGCUCAUAUCGGCACUCAUGCUCUCUUGAAGAUGCUCCUGGUCGACAACUUCAUUCACGCUGAUAUGCAUCCCGGAAAUAUUCUUGUCCGGAGGAACGAUGCUCGAAAACGUCUUUUUAGAUCAAAGAAGCCACACAUCAUUUUCCUUGAUGUGGGGAUGACUGCAGAACUCUCAAAAGUUGACAGAGAUAACCUACUCGGUUUUUUCAAGGCGGUUGCACGUCGAGAUGGUCGGACCGCUGCUGAACGAACACUUAAAUUAUCUAGACAACAGAAUUGUCCUAAUCCACAGGCCUUUAUCGAGGAAGUAAAAGAGGCGUUUAGAUUCUGGGGAACAUCGGAAGGAGAUUUAGUUCAUCCAGCGGAUUGUAUGCACGAAUUAUUCGAGAAAAUGAGGCGUCAUAGAGUUAACAUUGACGGGAAUGUGAGCACCGUGAUGUUUACAACAUUAGUUCUCGAGGGUUGGCAACGGAAACUCGAUCCAGGAUACGAUAUAAUGCGUACGCUACAAACAAUGCUGCUGAAAACGGAUUGGGCGAAAUCACUUUCUUACACGAUUGACGGAUUGAUGGCUCCAUAG